CCGGUGAGGGAUGCGCAAAGACACCGGCGCUGGCCAUGAUCGACCGCUUGGAUGAUCUCCGUGCCGCCUGCGCCGCGCACCACGCCACGCGCGGCGCGCGCGCGGCGCGGAGCACCGCAGCGGGCGCGGUGCCGCUGCGCUCGCCGGAGCCGUCGCCGCCGCCGACGCCGCAGAUCCCCUCAGCCUUUCGGCGAGAAGAUCCCCUCACAGCCUUCCUGUCCAAGCUGGAGAACGUGCGCACAGGACCACUCCACGAGUUGGAAGGCUCCUUGGGCGAGGCUUCGCAAAUCCACAAGGCCGCGCUGUGCGCCACCACCGCAGCAGCCGAGAAGCAGGCACUUCUUCAGGCAGAGGCCUGCGCUGCGAAGGCCUCCAAGGCAGCUGCCAGGACCAGCCAGGAGCUCCGGAGCCUGGCCGCCGAGCCCAGCAGCGGCGUUCUUCCCGGCGGCUCGGAGGCUGCUCUUCGACGACAGGCCCUGGCAGGUGUUUCGGUGCUGUUUCAGAAUGCGCUGAACAGCUACUUCCAAGCUCAGGUGUCCUUUCGCCAGGAAAUGGAAGCCAAGGUCUCACGGCAGCUGCGAGCAGCUUUCCCAGAGGCGGAGGAGUCGGUCGUGGAAGCGGUGGCAGCAGGUCGCUCUGCUGCCUCCACCAUCCAGGAGGCCAUGCAACGACAGUCAGGCACGGCACCUUUGACCACAGCCAAUGCGCUUCAAGCGACGCGGGAACGCUGUGAUGAGCUGGCAAGCCUCGCGCGCGCGGCGCGGGAUCUCAGCCAGCUCUUCAUCGACGUGGAGUCCCUGGUGAACUCGCAGGGGGAAAUCCUCAACGACAUCGGGAGCCACAUCGCCUCCACCCGGGAGUCCACCAAGCGCGGCCACGAUGAACUGCUCCGCGCCAGCGCGCAGCAGUCGGCCUGCCGCUGGCGCUGGUUGGCGCUGGGGCUGUUGGUGGUGAUCGCAGUGCUGAUCAUCAUUUUCACUGUCCUCGAGCACCAACCCUCGCACAGCCUUCGUACAGAGGAACUACCGGCGGGACAAAGCGCCCCGCACCACUGGGGUGGUCCAGCAAUGCUCUCAGGUGGGCGACCGUGGCCAGUUCUGCGCCCCGUGACCGUGGCCGUUUAGGUCCUUAGUUGAGACGAGACCAUAGCCAGGGCUGGUCCAAGGAAGAACUGGG